AUGUGUUGCUUCCCCGACGUGUGUUGCUUCCCCGAUAUGUGUUGCUUCGUGUGUUGCUUCCCCGACAUGUGUUGCUUCGUGUGUUGCUUCCCCGACAUGUGUUGCUUCGUGUGUUGCUUCCCCGACGUGUGUUGCUUCCCCAACGUGUGUUGCUUCCCCGACGUGUGUUGCUUCCCCGACGUGUGUUGCUUCCCCGACGCGUGUUGCUUCCCCGACAUGUGUUGCUUCGUGUGUUGCUUCCCCGACGUGUGUUGCUUCCCCGACGUGUGUUGCUUCGCCGACGUGUGUUGCUUCCCCAACGUGUGUUGCUUCGUGUGUUGCUUCCCCAACGUGUGUUGCUUCCCCAACGUGUGUUGCUUCCCCAAUGUGUGUUGCUUCCCAAAGAUAGUUCAUGCAGGCUAUGACUGCUGUGCUGAUGUGUACUGGCUGAUUGGUCCGCUGGUGUAA